UAUGUCCUCCAGCAUCCCGGCACGCAGUGCGUGGCCUUACCCUUCACACUGAGGACGCCAAACAGGGAGGAGGUCAAGGAAGACAAGCACGCCUGAGAGACUAACUACCAGUGAAGAUGUCGGAAGCGAUUCAGGAGAAGAUCAAGAACUACAGAACGGCCCCCUUCGAUUCCCGUUUCCCUAAUACAAACCAGACCCGCAACUGCUACCAGAACUACCUUGAUUUCCACAGGUGUAACAAGGCCCUGGAGGACAAAGGGCAGGAUGUGGCUCCUUGUGACUGGUACCAGAGAGUCUACAAGAGUCUGUGUCCCAUGAGCUGGGUCAGCAAAUGGGAUGAGCAGGUUGAGAGUGGGAGUUUUCCUGGCAAGAUCUGAUUGGCCGCUGAGCUCUAAGUCAAAAGCAUUCAGACAUUCUUCAUGUUCUUCAUGACCAUGUAUCAUUCUGUUAUCGCUGGUUACGUACAAUAUUUAAUAAAGA